UACCCGCCAUCUUUGCUUCAGUUGACAUCUUUCUUCAGAAGCCUUGACGCAUGCGCUUGGCGGGAAUUCAACAUGGCGGCAUAUUUGGUCUGUUUGACAACUGAAGGUGGAAUUCCGUUGUUUACGCGCACAAAAGGGAAUCUUCCUCAGGUAAUUGCUAGUUUCCACCAUAAUUAUGGUCGGUAAAAUCGCAAUUUGAGUCUAGCGAUGUCAGCAAACUCAUACGAUAACCUUAACAUAAGCUACUCUACAUGGACUUGCAGAUCAUCUGGAAGGGCUGUCGAUCGUAGUCUUCCAGAUAGUAAAGUGUAAACACCCGCUAAUGCUAAUAGGAAUCUGUGGAUUAAGAACCUCCUAAUUAUGAUGAACAAUUUAAACAAAGGAGUGUAACUUUGAGUUUUAAUAUGAACAUACUGUACUUAACGGCAAAUACAUGUAUAUUCGGUAAGCGGUUUUCUUAGGAUUAUAAUAAUACAAUUGUGAAUAAAUUAAAAGUUUAUUUAUUUUUCUGGUAAUCGAUUUGUCUCCUUCAUAAAAAUUAGGAACCUAAACUAAUUAAAUAAGAACCAACGUAACCUAAAUUGCCAAUACAGCUGUAAGUGCCCUUGAAAUACAAGAACCUAUUUUGCCAGACUUCGAAAAAGUAGGUUCUUAUUAGUGGGUGUUUACUGUAUUCGUGACAUCGAAUUCUUAGUAAUAAUGAAAUGAAUCAAAUGAAUAUUAAAACAUUUAUGUAGCAUGUUAUACUGAUGGCUGCCAUUAAAUACUUAGCUACCGUUUCCUGUGAUUGGAUCACUCAAUGGUGUCUGCAUGUUCGCCAGUAAUCAAGAUGUCUCUCUGCUUAAUACAGUGACAGAUGAUGCUAAAGUUGUCUGGAAGGUGUUUAAUGAAAAGUGAGGAUUUAUUACCAUUGUUUGGAAUGCUACUUACUACAUAAGUUAACAAAAAGUCUGUAGUCAUGCCAAAUAGCUCAUCAGGCUGGAGCUUAUACCAGUUUCCAUAGCUUAAUUAAAGUGAGUAGUAAUAUCGUUAUCUCUACUCCCUGACCCCCUGUAUGGGUUGCCAGUCUAUCGGAGAGUUAUCCCUAGCGGAAUGUUGCCAGUAUCCAUUGAUUUACACACCUGGAUGAAGGGAAACAUCAUGGAGCAGAGUUUCUUGUAAAAGAAAGCAAUAUAAUGGCAAGGCCAAACCUUGGACCACCAGAUUCAAAGUGUUAAUUUUAAUCUUUUGUUGCUGUUGUCAGGAUCACCUUAAUAAUAGUAACAUCUGAUGACAGUGCAAGUGAUAUACAUCUCAAUCGACUGCUAGAGUUUGUCUUUAAUUCCAUGGUAGGUUGCAAGAAAUUUUAAAUUAAAGUCAAAUUUUUCCUGGACGCAUUCAUAACAGCAGUCACUUCACAUAUACCAUAUCACAUAUACCCGUAAGGAGGUCCGACUACAUGUACGUAUAUGCUGCAGUCUAUAAUUUGAUUAUUGUUCAUGGUACUACUCAGUGUUUAUGAUGCAAAGUCAGGGCUGUGCUCUAGCAGAGCCCAGUUGCCCCUGGCACCUAACUUUUGCCCUCGGGCGACUAGAAAAUCUCAGAUUUUUCAUACAAAUCAUAUGCCGGGCACCCUAGAUUUUACAGUUUCAGAGCACUGGGCUCCCUUCGAUUUUCCUUAGUGCACAGCCUUGAAAGUGCUGGUUUCUUUGUUGUUGCUUGUGAAACUGUCGGUUGAGGAAAAACCUUUUUAGAUGAUUAUCAGCAAAGCUUUGCUCUAGGAGAUUAUUAUAUUCAGGGUGUGGAUGUCCUGUGCAGGGAACCAGCACUAAGUUAUAGAUCUACUUGUCACAUAAAGGUGUAAAUAAACCUGUCAUACCCAUUAUGACUUCAACUACUAGUCAAGGAAACAAAUUCAAGAUUAAAAUUUAUAAAGCAUUUUAUGGUUCAACGGUUAAUGCUUAAUUGAUUUUUGAAUUGCAUUUUUUCAGGUAUUGUUAUUAGGUAUAAAUGAGCUGACAUCAAUCAGAAAUGUAGAACACCUUAAAAGAGAGCUACGAGUAAGUUAUUCUUGAUUGUUGAAUUAUUUUCUGCUAAUAUCAUAGGUCAUGUAUUACUCCUUAAUUUUGGCAUGAAAUUUCAGCAUUAAAUUGUAAUUUCACAUGUGAAAUUACAAAAUUGCCAUGGCAAUCCUUCCGUAUGUCUCAGUGUCAAGAUGGCGACGAAGUUUUGAAAUGUUGUGAAUGAAGAUGUUAGGGCACAAAAAGACGCUUUAGAAACCUGAACACACAAGAGAACAUCAAGAAGGAUUCUAACAGGUAUUUUGCCGAAAAAGUCUGAAGAUUCUGAACUUUAUAAGCCAAAUUUAAGGUCUAAACAUUUGAGAGAGUGGAGUUUUCGAUCAAUAUGAUCCAGUAUAAACAUGUCAAAAAUCCAAGAUUGGUAACGUAAUUCGUCACCCAUGAUAUUAAUAGGUAAUCAAAUGGUAUAUUCGUGAAAUUAAGGAAUAAUUUCACUUGCAAGGCUCGGGAAAUUAUUAGGAUUUGGACAAAACGCACAUCAUCAUUUGAUUACACGUACUAAUUAUUCUGUUGCAUGUACAGUUGUACAUGAUAGUAUGUUGCAUGUACAGCUGUACAUUGCCAGUUCCUAGUAUUACAUGUAUUACCUGUCAUGAACUGAGUACCAAACACUUUGAUCUGUACAGCAGAAAGUCUGUGGCUCAUUAAGAAUAUAAAUGGAUUAAACGUAUUCACUACUUUUUUUAAUUUGCCCAGAAAACAUUCAGAGCACAGGUGAAGGCAGAGGUUCAUUAUUUUGUUGAUAAAUAUUAUGGGUUCCAUCACACUUUUUGUGGCAUUUGAAGCCAGUUGUACUCACCAAAAAUAAACAUGUUGGUACAUGUAAUAAAACCACUGAAGAGAAACAAACAUAAGAGAGAUGGGCAUAGAAACUAAUAAAUUCCUUGUCUACCUGCAUCUAUUUUUAGAGUUGUUAUAGUUUGAUUGACAUCCUUCUGGAAGGUACCGACUUAACAGGGAACAUAACCCAAGCUGUUGAUGUCAUUCUUUGUCCUGAUGUGUCAUUUUUGCAGGUACAAAAAUUUAAAUUUUUUGUUCGAGUUUUUACCCACAAUAAAUUGAUCCAAGUAGUCAAGGCUAUGCUCUAAGGAAAAUUGAAGGGAGCCCAGUGCUCUGAAACUGUAAAAUUCUAUGGUGCCCAGCAUAUGAUUUGUAUAAAAAAUCUGAGAUUUUCUAGUCGCCCAAGGGCAAACGUUAGGCGCCAGGGGCCACCGGGCUCUGCUAGAGCACAGCCCUGGAAGUAGUACUGAUCCAAGAUACAUGUAGCAGCCAUUUGAGAUGGAAUCACUGCUUUGGGCAGUUGUUUGACCUUACAUGUAGCAUAACCUUGCAGAUAUUUUGAGACUCUGAGUGAUGAUCAAGUACAUGUAUUAGCAUGAAAGGUGGUAUUUUAAUCACUAACUAUGCAAUGCAAUUUCAGGAGUUCCUAGAUGCCUUUGCUACAGCAGUUAAUAGUGAAUUUGGAUGUUUGCUUGUGAUGGGGAAAGUGGCAGUAGCAACAGAGCGCUGGUGAGUGACAUCCUGGCUGAAGAAUGGCACUGACCUACGAUGUUAUUAUCUACCCUAAGUGGCUGUUUCAGAGAGGUGUCAGUGUUAUAGACAUCAUCAAAGAAACUGACUGGCAUGAAGAAGAGCACAGACCAACUCUAGCUACUCAUCCGGUUUAGGGGGUGGCUGUUUAAGUACAUGUAACAAUCACAGAGUAGUGCAUAGUAGAUACAAAAUGUACAUAUGUAAUAUAACAGUGCAACAUACUACUAACUGUGAUUUACUAAAUUGCACUUUUAUCAGACCUGUUUAAAUACCCUCUAACUGGUACAUGAGUUUUUCAUUACAUAGAUUUUUUGUGUACAGUGUACCCAGCCUUAAUUUAUCUGUAAGUUUAUGUAAUGCUUUUGAUAGAUUUGUUGAUCUCUUUUAGGUGGGAGUUAACUGGCAUGGAAACAGUUUUGUUGUCUUUCCUUGUUCGUUCAUUACCACCAUGUUGCUCUAGGGACAUCCCUAUUUAUCUCCCUUAUGGCAGUCCAAAGGUAUUCAUCUAUUUUACACUGUUUAGCUACAUUCUGUACAUUUGUGACUUUCCAUAAUUUGUACAUGAUAACGUAAGGCUUAGCAGUUUGCAAGUGCUGUAGAGAAGUGUGAGUAAACAUGUUGCAUUCCUGCAGCCAUCUUGAUGAUCUAUGAUUCUAGUGAAUCCCUGGAAUUUUGUGCAAUAUUAUUUUGAUGAGUUGAACUAUUUGGGGUUUUAUAACCAAGGUAAUCGAGCCUGAGAAUCCUGGAAUAAAUACAGUUCAUAUAAUUUCUUGUUUACAAGAGUCCAUACACACUUUUUAUUAAAAACCUUGACCUAUACUAAAUACAGUUUAACAUUGACAGGUAAAUAUAAAAAAAGUAAGGUUGUAGUUUCUUGGCAUUGCGGGCGGGUGCAUGCAAUCACAAAAUGAUGUACAUUUACAUGUAAUACAAAAGACGCUGAAUGAUCCCCACACCAUAACACAAAAGCGAACCAACAAUGGUUUCCGUAGGCUCAGUUACCACUGUGCGGGUUCAUUUUUCCGAACAGAGGUUGGUAAUCGAACCUAUGGUUCCCGCCACAACAACAAAAACCCAAAAGUAAAGAAAGUUAUGUGUAUUGAAAGUGAGUGACAGCUGUUUUUCUUUGUUUUGAGCCAGCAUGAUUCAUCAUCGUUUUCAAUUUUUUUCAGGUUCCUCAUAGGCUUCUUACAUUUCAAGUGAGUUAGAACUGUUUUUUUACCGCUUAAAACUGAUUUUAGAUGCAUGUACUGUAAAUAUCCAGAUAUACAACAAUAGUGGUCAUUAUUUUUAAAGGGAUGAUGCUGCGCCCACAUUUAUAUUAAAUAUCUGGUGGUUAAGUAAAUGUUAUCCUUGUGUAAGUUUUUAGUAUCAGCUGUUCUAUUCUAUUGUAAUAUUAAUUUGCUAGUAAAAUAAAUAACAACAAAUAAAUAAAUAAUCGUUUAGAAGUUAUGUAGCACAUGCACUUAGUGGUUCUUCGUCUACCUUAUUCCUGGUCGAAUUGGAGUUUGGAAAUGUUGGUUUUUGAGGAGAGCGGAAAACUGGAGAACCUAGACUUUUCACAGUCCCCUAUUUUUCUGUAAGACCUUUGAGACAUCUUUGAGGAGUGUCAAAUCUACUUAGGGGACGGGGAAGGUUUGGGAGGAGGCGAGAAAAAUAUUUUUCUAUUUUUAUCGCCCCCCACCUCCCCCUAGAGCUAUAAUCCCCGACGCCCGCCCCCUCAAUACACUUGAAAAUCAAGCUGGCCGCCAUAAAGGUGAUUCCCUGGUUUUGCAUUGCGCAUCUCUUACUGCGCAUAACAAGAUGGCCUCCGUAAAAAAGAGCAUGUGAAGUAACAUUAUUGAAAUGAAGUUGACCGAAGAGAAACGCUUUUGCAAUUUUUGCUUGUGGUUGUUUCUUGCCGAGGUGAGACUCAAUGUGGUGGGAAUGUGCAUAACGUAAGUACGCGUGUUGCUGAGUUCGACUGCUUGUGUUGCUAGCGGUAUUUGUCAGCAUCGUGACGUCAAAACGAGCACGGUGACCCCCACUUUUUAUUACUUUUUUAUCGUCUUCUUGACUUGUUACAUCAGUGUACCAAGUUUCAUCUACAAUCUAUGUUAGGUUCUUUUACUAGGGAAUCACCUUAACGGUAAGACGCGCUAUAUCUCGACGACCUCACGGAAAAAUAGGGGACUGUGAACAGUCUAUCGAGUACCUGAAGAAAAACCUGCCGUAGCGUAAGAGAGAACCAGACAAACUCAACCAACAUAUGGCUUCAACCCCUGAAUUUGAACAUGGCCAACAUUUGUAGGAGGCGAGUGCACUCCUCACUGCGCCAUCCUUGCUUUCUUAAGGAUCCUUAUAUGAAAUAAUAAUUAUUAAAUGGUAAUAAUUAUAUUAAUAGAAGCAUUGCAUUUCCACAGCUCAUUGAAGGUGUGGAAGUGUGUGUUAUAUGUGGCCCCAAACCAUCACUUCAAGACACCGAGACCAAGGUACAUAGAUGAAUCUUUAUAGUUCAUUAAAUUCCAAACUCUAAACAAACACAUGAAAGCCAAAUGACCGCAGAAUUAUGGAAUAGAUUCCAGACAGAGUUUGGUUACUUGUCGCGGGUUCAGGGUCGCAGGUUGCCAGGAUGUUGUGGGUGCGGGGUGGAAGUCGCAGGUGCAGAUUUUGAUAUCGUCGCUUUGUUUUGCACUCUUUGAAGAUAAUUUCACAUUCCAAGUUGCUGUGAAGUACUCGAAUCAGGCUAAGUUCAUCAUCAAAAGUACUGGAAGGGAUAGAAAAAUCUGGAGCUAAAAUGGUCAUAACGCUAAUACAUGUAUGUAGUAACAAUAACAAUAACGAAACGAUGAAUAUAUGAAUUUCAUAUAUUGGUACCACAUAUAAUGAAAAAAUAAAUAAUGAAAAGAAGAUCAUUGCAGUUAAAGACGCAACUUAUGCAGUUUCGAAAAGAAGGGCUGAAGAAAUUUAAAUUUAGGCUUGCCGGAAAGCCUGAAUUUUUUCACAACACGAUGAUCUUCUUUGCAUUUUAAAAGAGUAAUGAAGACUAUGGUAACGAUAAACCAAACUUACACAAGACCUUCUGACGAAAAUUUCUUUUUUUACUUGUGUCUGCAUUUUGGAAUAUGCCUGUAGUUUUUGGAACCGUACUGGAGACUAUCAACUGAAACAUUGAAAUCAAGCCGUAGAUCGCAUCCAAGGAACCUUCCUGGUGACAUGGCACUUGACAGUGGAAUUUUAGGGUAGGGAUAAGACAGUGUGCGUGUGAGCUAAUACAUGUACAAUUAAUACUAGCUGAACCUCCAUUAAAUCACCCCCCCAAGUUACCGGCAAAUGAACGCUUACUGGAGGUUGGCCAUCAUAAAUGAGCAUAAUCGAAACGUCACUUCAUUUUGAAAGAAAUCCGUGACGGGAGCGGACUGUAUUUUCCUUCAGUAACGUUUAAAAACUAGGAGUACCUUGUGGCAAGUGCCGACGAGGCGAAUUCGUUUAUCUUUUGUGGAAUGUGCCUAUCCAUCGAUCUUCGCGAUUUGUUACAUAAUUUUAGAGGUUUAAAAUGGAUUUCGCUGUAGAAAAGGAUGGCACUAAACUUUAGAAAAAAAAACUUGGAUACAUUCUGGGCUUUCACUUCUGCUGAAAAAUAGCAACAUGGCUUGAAGCUUUGUUUUCUUUGUUCGUAAAAUUGGUGCAAGUUAGCACUUAUAUUUUAUGGAAAUUCAAAACUACAAACAAUAGAAAGCAAAAUAUAGUUCAAGUGAGGCCUUUGACUGCUAAAAUUAAAAUUUAAUUCCGAGCUUUCGCUGAUCAACGGCAUCGUCAAGGAUAAGAAAAAUAGUCCGCCUGGUAAUAUACAUAUAAAAAAAAAAUAGUUGUAAGUAAAAUGUGUGAAAAGCGCAAGAAUGGGGCGGAAUGUAUCCGGCGGUAUAAAAAAUAAACUUGAAUAAAAUACAAUGAUCUAAUGAGUGAAUGCCACAGGACAAAGAGUCUCUCGAAAGGAAAAUGAUUCAUAAUGAUGGUCUUUGAAACAAAAGGUCCGCAAAUUCGUUGCAUUCCUCAUGGUAGUUUAGGACUGUCUUCAUUGUAAAUCGAGCUUCAAAAGGACACACUGGUAGACAAAAAUCUCUCCGGUGGCAAAAAUAACUUCUAAAAAAAAAAGGUCCUCAAAUGCGUUGCAUUCCUCACGGGAGGUGAAGACCGGCUCAAUGUAAAUCGAAAAUGCGAAGAACGCGCUGGUUCUGAUAAACUUUUUGAGAAUACAACCCUAUUCCUUGAUUAACUACCGCUUAGAAUUCAAUUUUCAAAGGAAAAAAUAAUAAUGAAAACCCUAGUUCUGAGUCGAGAAGCGAACACGCUACCUGAAGGUAAAUCGAGCUGCGAAAGAACAAGCUGGUAUUGACACAAAUUGGAUCGUAAAAGCCUAUUCCUUGAUAGCUGCUACUUUAAACGCAAUUUAUAAAGCAAACCAGAGCACUAAUCAGGGGCGGAUCCACACCGGUUUCCACCGUUUUACGGAAAUCGGUCAGAUUUUUCAUAAUAAAUACAUUUUUAAUGAUAAAAAACACUUUCCAAGUUGAAACCUGGGCAAUAUGCUACCUGAGUGACUCGAAAACGCAGGAUAGAGGACUUAAAGAGUUAAACACGAAAACAUUUCUUGGGAAGCCUGCCCCCCAGACCCCCUUAGAUAGUGCUUGCGCCUUCGGCCCUCGUUUAGGAAAUCGGUCAGUUUUUAUUCCAGAUCCGCGCCUGCUAAUAGCCCUUUUAAACUAGAAAUCGUAUUAAAGCUUGCUCACCUGUUUAGGGCCUCUUGAACAGAAAACGAACAGCUGCACACUGUAUCACCCAGUUUCGAACCAGGAGUUGUUGUAAAUACAAGAUCAUGAUGUCACUGCCCAAAUAUGGGGUCUUAUUUACACCCAAAUAAGGUCAAAAAUGCAAAUUUUAGAGAGUUACGCAGAAUUUUAGAGUUUUGCCUACAUUGCGCGGGAUUAUGAAUCUGCCGCCGAGGCAACCUCGCUUCUUAGCUUGGUUGCCUUGUUAGUAAUACAACCCAAGUUAAUUGUGUCAAUCGCUUGAGGGCGGCUCAAUAACUGUGACAACAAUUGGGAAAGCUCUCGUCUCGAUGGCUGCUUAGUAGUGGUAAAAUUUAUAAUUCUUUACGAUUAUUUCUAGAUUUUGUUUAAGUCAUUUUUUUUUGGAAGGAGACAUGGUAACUUACACUAACUGAUUUGUCGCCGGCGCGAUCCGUCGGCCCAACAGCUACACCGUGGCGUAUUAAGGGAAGUAUAGAACAAUAAGUAAUUUGCUUACGGGGUUUAUCCUCUGACCACGAAUGCUGCCCUAACCCUAGCCUGUUGAAAGUCAUGUAAGCUAUGACUUCAUUGAUCCGAUCUUUUGCUCUUAAUUCAUAGAGUUUGAUUGAGUACUGAAAGAAACGGUGUAAAAUCUGCCCGAUCUCUUGGAUCUGUUGCAUUGCUUGCAGCAGUUGGUCAAUUUUUCUGUCGUCUUUCAAUGGAAGACGAAGGAGUUGACUGCUCGUGGUUUUAGCCUUUUGAUUUAUCACUCAGUUUUGAUGGGUUUCUUGCAGAUUUUUGUUGGUAAAUACAGAUGAACGAAAAUGCCUGUCAAGUGUACAUCCAGCUGGAGUGAUGACUGGUGUCGAUCAAAGCAGUUCAUCAGGUAACACUCUGUUCUUGCCGUAAUAUCCAAGCUCUUCUUACUUACAAAAGCACCCGCUAUGAAAAGCUGUUUAAACCUUUAGCCUCCUUGGUCAAUUGCAUGAAGACUAACUUUUACCUCUGUAGAUGAAAUCCUAAUUAAAUAAUAAUCUUUCAUUACAAAACUUUCAUCACAUCACUGUGGUUUUCAGAAAGGUCAUAACUUAGCUUAAAAGUACUAAAUUAGACUAUACAGCAAAAUGAAAAAUACCUAGAAAUAAAAAUAUAUACAUAAACUAAAUUAAAACUUUAUAAAAAGCUACAACUGAAAUACAGAAAGCAUUAAAUAAAUAAGCUGCUAAAAAUGCUACUCUUAAAAUUCACAAUGUCAGGUGCAUUUCUAAUGUCUUUCUAGAUUAUUCCCGUCUUUCAGAGAGUGAAGUGUGGCCAUUCAAAUGAAAGCCACUGAGCAGUACGUUUCUGUGAUACUGAUGUUUUUUUAAACGCUGUUCAAAGUGGUGCUAACUUUUGAGUAUGAAACUGAAAUUUAAGAGUGUUUUUGAAAUCCGUUAUUCCCCACAUAUUUCCCACAUAUUUUUUCUUGGAACUGAGUCAAGACAUUCAGGGCUGUCAAUAAGGGCCGGUAGCCGGCCAAAACCGCCGGCUAGUUCGCCAUCCUUAGCCGGCUACUUCCAUCUCCUUCUACCAUAAGUGAGUCAUGACUGCUAAAAAAAAUAAGCACCAUCGAAUAAAAUUGUGAAGCAUCCGUUUCCCAGUUUUGACUGACAUUGAACGCAUAUUUAAACAGCUUCAGACCUGUGAAACGUUCGAACCGUGCGACGUCGUGGAGCGCCUGGGACAUUUCGACGGCAUUGCUUCCAGUCUUGCGUGUAUUCCGACGAAACAACAUGGCGUCCGCGGUGGAAAAUACCCAUUGAACACCCCUGGAGACGCGAUUUCCGAGAUUCUAAAUUUCACAAUGUCCCUAGAUGCCUCGGCCCUCAAAAACGUGCGCCUUUGGUGCGAGUUCCAAAGCCGCCUACUAUUCAUUAUCAGCCUGCUAUUGAAAAACGUUUUGACAGCCCUGGACAUUGGGUGUGAUCCUAGUUAGUGUGUGAGGCAAGAUUCUUUUGUUUAUUAACAGGAGGCGGGGUCUCCACGGCGAAAAGAAAGUCAAUUUUAGUAUCCUUUUACAAGUCAGUGGUUGGAACACUAUUCCCACCACAAACGACAGCUACAUCGGUGCAAGGUAAGUCGUCACAUUGUCUUAUUUCAAACCCAAGCGGGAUUGAGUACGAGUCCGUGUAUUAUGAUAUAGAUAACGCGAGACCAACAUAAUCAGAAAGAGAACACCGUGCUUUGCAAAAUGUUUAGGUGUUAAUCGUGCCCAUAUAAAAUAAGAGAUGUAUGGUUUGCCGGACUACUCCGUACGUCUAGAUUUUUUUCUAAGUAACUUUUUGAGUUUUUAAAUGCUUGUCUUUCGUUUGAUAUAGGCCCGAUAACCACAAAACUUGGAAGUGUCCGAAAUCACGGCUUCCUCUUUCUGCUGAUGUGGAUCUCGAGUUGCUCAUCCCAUAAUAGGCGGAUUCGUCCCAAACCCCCCUCGGUUUGAAAUUAGGCAAUAGAAUGCAUCGUGCCUUGGAGAUUAGCGCUUUGUUUGGCGUCAGAGAGCUCUACAAACCACGAAGUUGACGUCAGCAAAAUCGUCACUUAAAAAGUGAAUUUACACUUCGUUGCAACUCGAUGAAUUUGUCAAAUGCAGACGAAUUUUAAAAAACUUCACGUCGUAUAAUCGUACAUAACCUGCGUUGCAACCGGACGUGUCACUCGAGACCCAGAUGGAGAACUCGAUAUACUUUAGACUGUCCAUGACACAGGCUAAGUUGUUCAGUGACAUGAAAUAUACCAAAAGUGUGUUGCACGCACAGCGUUGUUGUUUUGCUCAUUAAACCUAAGGUAUGUCCACUUAUAUCAGAAUAGAAGGACUGUUGAAUAUCCAACUGAUAAAUUUUAUUCCUACAGAUGAGCCGUCAUGCGACUUACACAGCAGUCUUUCUCAUCAAGCCAUGGAAACAUACAUGUGUAGCAGUGAUCACAAGUGUUACGCGAUUCGAAACUCAACUCAUGAGCUGUACUUACUCUUUUCUCCUGAUGUCCCUAAUUAUGCUCUUGGGUAA